GAUCUUUUGAUAAUGUUGAGCAGACCGCAUGGCAUCGUGUUUCUCCUUGGCAUGUUUCUUCAUCAAAUAAUCAACCAAUCACGAGCUCGGAGCCGCGGGCGAGGAGAUUAGGGAAGAUUAGAUCGACGAAUUGAGCUCGCUUUCCACGGAGAUCGCCGUCCUCGCAUCUAUGGAUUCGCUGUGAAUUUCGAGAUGACGGAACCUAUGUGGUCAGACGAUCAACCUUCUCCGACACCAUCACCAGAACCUGUGGCUAAUUCCCAUCGCCAAAGGUGUAGGAGCGUCUUCGAGUUACUGGUCCAGAGAGAGAUUUCACCUAGAACAAGAAGGUCUGUGCCAAGGAAACGAUGGGGAGUUAACCGAUGCGGUUCUGCUGCUGAUUCUUCCUGUGGAACCAGUAGCGAGCUGGGACAUAAUCUUAUUUCAUGGGUCGAGGCAGACUCAUUGCAGCAUUUAUCUGCUAAGUACUGUCCUCUUGUACCUCCUCCACGGUCAACUAUUGCAGCAGCUUUUAGUUCUGAUGGAAGAACUCUUGCUUCUACUCAUGGUGACCACACUGUAAAGAUCAUUGAUUGUGAGACUGGAAAAUGCUUAAAAGUUCUGAGCGGCCAUCGGAGGACACCCUGGGUGGUCAGAUUCCACCCACGCUAUUCAGAAAUAGUUGCUAGUGGAAGCUUAGAUCAUGAGGUGCGCUUAUGGAAUGCAAAAACUUCCGAGUGUAUUAGAUCUCAUGAUUUCUAUAAACCUAUUGCUUCUAUAGCUUUCCACGCUGAAGGUGAUUUACUUGCUGUUGCAUCUGGUCAUAAGUUGCACAUAUGGGAUUACAAUAAGAGAGGGGAAGACUCAUCGCCAGCAAUUGUAUUGAAGACAAGGCGUUCUCUGAGAGCUGUACACUUUCAUCCACAUGGGGUCCCUCUUCUCUUAACAGCAGAGGUUACUGACAUUGAUUCAUCAGACUCCGCAAUGACUAGAGCAACAUCUCCAGGUUAUCUGCGAUAUCCGCCCCCUGCUAUUUUCUUCACCAACACGCAGAGUGGCAGUCGUACUAGUGUGGCAGCUGAACUGCCACUGGUGCCACUACCUUACUUGGUUUUGCCUUCAUAUUCUGCUGAUGAUCCAAGAAUCCAACACUCAACUGGUACUACUGGUCCAAGGAAUGUACAAUCAAGGUUUCAAAGUAAUCAAAGUUCCAGCAGAACAAUGUCUCCUCCCACUCUUCCCUUGGCUAUGUCCGGGGAUCUUGCGGGUUCCUUUCAUGUCCCAGAAAACUCUUCGAGCAGCAGUUUUGCUGCCCAAGCUGGAGCUAGAACUUCGACCACUUCAGUUGAUGCCAUGGAUAUAGAUGAAGCUCAACCUACCGGACGAAAUAGAAUUCCCAGUCAAUCGGUACCACUUGAGUUUGGACAACUUCAGCAAUUAGUUCACCUCAGAGACAGAGUUUCGUGGGAGUUACCUUUUCUACAAGGGUGGUUGAUGGCUCAGAGCCAGGCUGGUGCUAACUCUGGGGUUCUUUCUACUGGUAAUAAUAGUGGUCAUGCGAGCUCAACUCGUCAUACAGGUUCUUCAGCACCUCAUUCAUCCACAGCCAGUCUAGAGGCUGCAGUGGCGUCAUUAGAAAUUCCUGGUGGCGUUAACUUAUACGGGUCUACUGCAAGAGGCGACUCCCGGGACCGAAGUUCACAGUCCCGCUUUUCAGGAUCUGGUUUAGCAGAAGGUAUUUCCUCUCGUAACACUCAACACGCAGGAACUGAUGCUCAACCUGUCGUUAACAGAAUCCCGUCUGAACUGGCUUCUUCGAUUGCUGCUGCAGAGUUGCCUUGUACUGUCAAACUGAGAGUGUGGUCACAUGACAUCAAAGACCCAUGUGCAAUACUCAAGUCUGAAAAAUGUCGAUUGGCAAUACAUCAUGCUGUUCUUUGCAGUGAAAUGGGAGCCCAUUUCUCGCCAUGUGGGAGAUAUUUAGCAGCCUGUGUUGCGUGUGUUAUACCUCAUACUGAGACUGAUCCUGGUUUGCAGACUCUGGUCCAACAAGAUUCAGGGCUUGCAACUUCCCCUACUCGACAUCCUGUAACAGCACACCAUGUCAUGUAUGAACUUCGUGUGUAUUCUCUCGAAAAGGAAACAUUUGGUUCAGUACUUGUGUCAAGGGCAAUUAGGGCUGCACAUUGCUUGACCUCUAUCCAGUUCUCACCGAACUCCGAGCACAUAUUGCUCGCAUAUGGGCGGCGUCAUGGUUCUCUAUUGAAGAGCAUUGUGAGUGAUGGAGAAACAACAUCACAUUUUUUCACAGUGUUGGAGAUUUACAGAGUUUCAGAUAUGGAACUGGUGAGAGUACUACCUAGCUCAGAGGAUGAAGUUAAUGUUGCUUGCUUUCAUCCUUCACCAGGAGGGGGUCUUGUUUAUGGAACAAAGGAGGGGAAGCUAAGGAUCUUCCGGUACAACACAGCUGUUGCUUCCAACCUCACUGCACCCAACAGCUCACCUGAGAAGAACCUGGCCGAGGUAGAGUUACUGAGAAGGUGCAGACCUAUGCAUUAGAAUGCUAAGCAGAGAAGAAUUCAGGUCUCAACCGUUUACAAUAUAUACACACAGAAGGAUCUUGCAUUGUGGGCUUAUUCAUUUUCCUCAGCUCUUCUGGGUGUACGAUUAUAAAUCUGAGAAGCUUUUUUCCAUCCACAAGCUGGAUACCUUUUUACACCGUAGAAGGUCGCAACGUUGGAUGGCCUUCUCAGUUUGAAGCAGGUUUCUUAGUCAGUUAUUUGAAAAGACUGCAGAAAAUGUUUAAAAAAAAAGUUAUUGUUGUGUUUGUUGUUGUAGCUUUGUAACUAAGUUUGUAACCACGUUUUUCCUUUGUAAGUUUAUCUUUACUUUGUAAGAGUCUUGCCCAAAAAGAUGUUAUGACUUUCUAUCAAAGACGUUUGAUCUUA